AUGGUCUUAGGUGUUGCAGCCGUUCCAGGCGCCCCCGACACUCUCCUGUGCCAUCCAACUCACAGAACAACCCAGAUUCUGGCUUAUGCAAUUCUUCCAGCAUGUUUUGGACUAUUUAUCCACAUAUUACAGACGAUAGCUGAUGCUGGUCUAGCCUUCCAGCUAUGGAAAGCAGAUCAGCCUAUAUGGGCAACCAUCACAUUCGGCCUAAUUUUGGCACCGGCACUUUUAGGAGCCAUAUUCACUUUAUCGCAACCAGAAAAUUGGCCAGGGACUCCUAAACGCAACUGCCUGUAUAUAACCAAGUAUGGUAUUUACCAUAUUUUACUGUUCCCUUUGGCAGCAGUCCACAGGUACUGUCGUCGUAUUUUCUGGUCAAUGGAAGCCCUGUAUGUAGAAGACGAAGGUUUAGAGCGUACAAAAUGUUUGAGAAGGGCUUUUGUGCAAGGGACAAUACAGUGCCUGUUUCAUAUGUGGCUUAUUAUGCAGGAUGAUACUUUCAGGGAUUAUGAUAUAGUACGUCUCCAACUAGUGUCAAUCUUCAGUUCCCUCCUGCGAAUCUCGAUGACAUCAGCCCUUUACCAGAGAUUUCACAGCCAAAAACUUGCAGGAAGACACUAUCCCUGGGACAAAAAAUUUCCUGGCGAAGAUCUUGAUGGCCAAAAAAAACACGAAGAACAAAGCAACAAUGUGGUUUUGCUGAGCCAUCGGCAAAUUCCGGAAGACGUAUUUUUGCCAGAAAAUUUAAUGACGUUGGCUGAACAGGAUCAGAUUUAUCGGAAGACUAUGAAAAUUCCUGGCGAAAAUUUUAUGGGAAACGAGGGAAAGGAUGAUUGGGAUCACAACAAGGUACUGUCGUCGUAUUUUCUGGUCAAUGGAAGCCCUGUAUGUAGAAGACGAAGGAUGACUUUCAGGGAUUAUGAUAUAGUACGUCUCCAACUGGUAUCAAUAUUCAGUUCCCUUCUGCGAAUCUCGAUGACAUCAGCCCUUUACCAGAGAUUUCACAGCCAAAAACUUGCAGGAAGACACUAUCCCUGGGACAAAAAAUUUCCUGGCGAAGAUCUUGACGAAAAUUUAAUGACGUUGGCUGAACAGGAUCAGAUUUAUCGGAAGACUAUGAAAAUUCCUGGCGAAAAUUUUAUGGGAAACGAGGGAAAGGAUGAUUGGGAUCACAACAAGGAUGUCGAUCUUCAACCCAGUGUCGACUACGUAACCCUUGCCGAUUGUGCCACAGGUUCUGCGCCCCAUGACGGUCCACCAAUGACACCAGCCCCCAAAAAACCAGUAGAUGACGUGCCUUAUUCGGUCCUGGUGCGUUUAACAACAGUUCGCGACCAAUUAAGAUACAGUGCCGGAGUUAUGUUCGAAGAUAUGCUCGGAAGACGCGAUUCCUCCGACAAUCCGCCUGCACCAACCAGAGCCUUGCCACCGCCUCCGAACGGCCUCAGAAGAGACGAUGCUGUGUCAUACAUAAUAAGCACCUUCGGGUGGUUUUUUUAUUUAGUAUCCAGAUUUUUAGCACUGACCACGGCCUGGACGUUUUACCCAUACGCCACCUGGAUAACUUUGGCUUUAACAUACAUCACCAGCUACUGCAUAUACUUGCGUCUAUCUUUAAAACUCCAGGACCUCCGUAAAGCCUACUUUGGCUUGUUUUUAAGUUAUCUAAACCUUUUUGUAAUGUUGGAGCUCAAAUUUAAAUUUACAAAACCCAGAAGAUGGUUUGGUUAUUAUUUUUUAUUAGCGACUGUUCAAAGUUGGUCAAUGGUGUUUUCCUGGUAUUGGUUUGCGGAUUGGGAUAGUUGGUGGUUCGAGUAUUCGCUGGCGGUUGUUUUGGGAGGAAGUUUUUUGGCGGUUUUGUGCGCGGGGAUUUAUUUUGUUAUUUUGAAACCGAAAGAAGAAGUUGUUGGGAGAUAGAUAAGUGUCAAGAUUCAAAAAGCGUCGAGAAUUCGAAAAGUCAACACGAAAUUGUAAGUUCUGGAAAAUUUUAAAAGUGCAAGGAUUUUAAAAGUAUUCGAAAGU